UAUUUACAACAGUGGACAUGGACAGAGCGCUACACAAUCAUACGGUGUGCAGACAGAGAUGGUGGUGGUUCUCCAGCUGGCUGCCCUCCUGGUGCCCCACCUCACCGUCUCAUCUAAGAAAUGCAGAGGACAGAAUUCUCCGCCCUCUCACACUCAGCUUCAGCAGACGACACAUCCCGGUAUCUAACGGGAACUUCAUCUGGACUCUGAGCUUUAAUGAGACUCAGGACUCUGAGUGUUCUCGGGUCCCAGUGGUGCUGCUGCAUGGGUUUGGGGGUGGAGUGGGAUUGUGGAUAAAAAACUUGGCUGCUCUGGCGCUCAGUGGGAGAACCGUGUAUGCUCUGGACCUGCUGGGCUUUGGCCAGAGCAGCCGACCAAUGGCAAGCAGCCACGCCCAGGAAGCAGAGGAGAUGUUUGUCCAAUCGCUGGAGGAGUGGAGGGAGGCGGUGGGGGUAGAGCUUAUGAUUUUGUUGGGUCACGACCUUGGAGGGUUUGUCUCCACGGCUUACGCUCUGACACACCCACACAGAGUGAAGACCCUGAUCCUAGUAGAACCGUGGGGAUUCUCAGAAAAACCCGAAGUGCAGGAGCUCCACUGCAGGAUCCCCAUGUGGGUAAAAGCUCUGGGAAAAGCAAUGAAUCCAUUCAACCCCCUCUCACUGCUCAGACUUGCAGGCCCACUGGGUCCUUUGCUGUUACAGACUCUGAGGUCAGACUUUAAACAGAAAUAUUCAGAUGUGAUCGAUGAUGACACGGUGACUGAUUACCUUUACCACCUUAAUGCACAGACACCCAGCGGUGAGACAGCAUUCAAGAACAUGACUGUUCCGUACGGGUGGGCCCAGCGCCCCAUGAUGCAACGUGUGGGAAUGAUCAAUCACACAAUCUCACUUUUCAUCAUCUGUGGCUCCCGUUCCUGCAUAGAUGGCCAAUCAGGACACGCCAUUCGUGAGAUGCGACCCAACUCACAGACAGAGAUUAUUGUCAUCAGAGGGGCGGGACAUUACGUGUUUGCUGACCAAUCAGAAGAUUUCAACGAGGUUGUGCUCAAGAUAUGCUCAGACGUGAAUAAUGAAGGAGAGACAGUUGUAAAAGAAAGAUAAAAGAAAAGAGAAAUGGGAUAAAGGGUGAAAUGGAGAGGAUACACUAGAACAUACCACUGGAACAUACCACUGGAAAAUCCAAGCAAAUGG